CAGUAUUUAAAUGAUAAAGUAUACAAAACUAUCAUCCCAUUGUAUGAGACUGUUAUUCCACGUAACGUACGGUUAUCAGAAGCACCUUCUCAUGGAAAACCUGCUAUUGUGUAUGAUCUUAAAUGUCCUGGUGCACAAGCGUAUAUAAGUUUGGCAAGGGAAAUUUUAAAAAAGCACGCGAGCAGUUGUAAGGAGAAGAAGCUAGUAAGCGAGGGCGUGGUAUGAAGGAUGAUAGACGCCUCGGCAGAGGUCUUGCCGGUCUCAUAGGCGAUAAUUAUGAUAAUAAAGAAGAUCGACAAGAGCAUUUGCCUAUUUCAUUACUGCACCCAAGCAAAUUUCAACCGAGGAAACAUUUUGACGAGGAGUCAUUAAGAGAACUUGCAAAUUCGAUAAAGAAAAGUGGCAUUAUACAGCCUAUCGUGGUACGCAAAGAUUCAAAUGAUGAUGGUUAUGAAAUAAUAGCUGGAGAACGUCGUUGGCGAGCAAGCAAGAUUGCAAAUCUUGAUAGUGCACCGGUUAUCAUAAAAGAUCUGAGCGACAAGGAAUGCUUGGAAGUAUCCAUUAUUGAAAACAUACAAAGGCAAGAUAUUAAUCCAAUAGAGGAAGGUGAAGCUUACAGAAAACUGAUAGAUGAGUUUUUCUAUACACAUGAGGAAUUAGCUUCAGCUAUAGGCAAAAGCCGCAGCCACAUAACCAAUAUGAUUCGGAUGUUGUUGCUCCCUGAUAGGGUGAAAACAAUGAUCAAUGAGAAAAAAUUGUCUAUGGGUCAUGCAAGAGCGUUGAUUAAUGUUGAAAAUGCGGAAAGUAUUGCAGAAAAAAUAGUUUCUCAGGGCUUAAGCGUUAGACAAACUGAAAAACUGAUAAAGGACCUACAUCAAAACAACAAUCAAAAAGAGCAGAGAUAUACUAGAAAUCAAGAUAUGACAGUAAUAGAAGGCGCUAUAUCUUCUCAACUUGGUUUAAAGAUCAAAAUUAAUGACAACAAUUCUAAGGGAAACUUGAGGCAUAGCUAGUAGUUGGCUAGCAAAGCAACAAACCAAUAUCAACUGUUGGUGUCAUGAAAGUAGCUGACACUGGAAUCCAGGAAUUUUAUUAAGUUGGUAAGCAUAAAAGUAUAACUUCUACGUCAUACCGCCGCGGUAUCCGCUAACAAGCAGCGGGGUGACGAUUGUCAGGGUAGCUGUCAUCCCAGUGCCCUGACUACUUGGAUCCAGGAAAAAGAAUGGUGUCAUCCCAGUGCGUGAUACCCUAGUAGAAAUCGUUUUUGUAAUUGCAACAUUCGUGCAAUCUUUAGCCAUAAAUAUUUAAAAAAUUUACC